CUGCUCCAACCGCUGGGGAUCUGGCCGCAUGGCUGCGGCGUCCUCUGAGGCGGCCUCGGGCCGCGGGGCCGGGCACCUGCUGCGCUUCCUGCGGCUGGUGGGGCAGCUCAAGAGAGUCCCACGGACUGGCUGGGUCUACAGAAAUGUCGAGAGGCCAGAGAGUGUGUCAGAUCACAUGUACAGGAUGGCAGUUAUGGCUCUGCUGACCAAAGAUGACCAUCUCAACAAAGAUCGAUGUGUACGCCUAGCCCUGGUUCACGAUAUGGCAGAAUGCAUCGUGGGGGACAUAGCACCAGCAGAUAACGUCCCCAAAGAAGAAAAACAUAGGCGAGAAGAGGAAGCUAUGAAGCAGUUAACCCAGCUCCUCCCGGAAGAUCUCAGAAAGGAGCUCUAUGAACUUUGGGAAGAGUACGAGACCCAAUCUAGUGCAGAAGCCAGAUUUGUGAAGCAGCUGGACCAAUGUGAGAUGAUUCUUCAGGCAUCUGAAUAUGAAGACCUUGAGAACAAGCCUGGGAGACUGCAGGACUUCUAUGAUUCCACAGCAGGAAAAUUCAGUCACCCCGAGAUAGUCCAGCUUGUUUCUGAACUUGAGGCAGAAAGAAAUGCUAACAUAGCUGCCGCUGCCAGUGAGCCCGGCUCCUGAGAGAUUCUCUUAAGUUGCUGCACUCAUGUAACAAACAUUUUUUUUCCAUUUCAUGUUACUGUGUUUUGCUGCCGUUGGUCUGUUGAUUUCCCCAGAUGUGAGUCUGUUUGUUUUCAGUUGUCUGGGCUCCACAAAAAAACGUGAUACAAUUUGAGCGAUAAAAGAAGCUACAGAACAGGAUGCGGUCAUGAAAAUGCCAUGAAUGAAGACUGUGGGGUUAGGGGGGUGCCUUUUUAUGAACUAAAAUAAAUAAACUUUAAAAACCUUAAA